AUGAUUGGAUUGAAAGGCACUUUGAACGUAAUCGACAACUCUGGGGCCAUUGUUGCAGAGUGCAUUCGUGUCUUGAGUGGUGCCCGCUUCGCUAGAGCUGGCGAUGAAAUCGUCUGUGUUGUCAAGCGUGCUAGACCUAUCAACCCCAAUUUGAUCGGUACUCAAGCUGCCACUCAAAAGGUCAAGAAGGGUGAUGUCCGCCAUGCUCUGGUUGUCCGUACAAAGAAGGAAAUGGGCCGCCCAGAUGGUCGUUAUAUCCGUUUCGAUGACAAUGCAUGCAUUCUUUUGAACCAAAAGAAGGAGCCUCUCGGCACCCGUAUCUUGGGUGUUGUUGCCGCAGAAUUAAGAAUGAAGAACUGGAUGAAGGCUGUCUCUCUUGCUCCUCGUGUUGUAUAAGAAAAUGGAAAUGAGCUGAGAUUUAUUGAUAUGGGCUUGUUAAGAAGGAAAAUAUCUUUCUUAUUGUUUUAUAGAAUUCAUUAAAAAAAAUUAUAUACGAGCUUGGUUGGAACAAUUG